AUGACGACUGAUAUACCUUCUACGACUCUUGCUCUGCAAAAGCUUACGCUUGACUCCAAGCCCGAGACUGCCCACGCGUGCGAACAGGCCGGCGCUGCCGAUCAACAGGUUCGCUACGGUAACUGGAGGCCUCCCAGUCGCGUGGACGCAAAACUUCGCGAGCCCUUGCCUACGCCGGCCAGCAUUCGAGCUGCCCACCUUGAUCCUAAGACUGGCAUGAUCACCAGUUUUGCUACACUCGACGAGGUAGCAAAAACCGCUGAAUGGCAUGGUUUGCCUCCAGGAGGGUUUCCAUACGCGAAGCGCUGCCGGAAUUGCGACAUUGACAAUCUCGCAUGCCAUUACCGGAAUCGACGUGCCUGUAUCAAUUGUUCGCUUAUCCGUGUUGGUUGCGCUGGUGGAGUACUGGACGACGCCCAACAGAGUGCAGAGGAGCACUCCUCCGACAGCCCCUAUGAGCCACAAGUCUGGCGACGACGCGCUCUUCUGGAAGACCUGCAAGAUGUGAUGGGCAAAUGGGACGAGCGGAUGACAGCGACUGGAGGUACGUACACUUGGCCACCCGCGAAAACAAUACUCAAGGAUGCCUUCAGAAUGCAUCAGAGGUUUAUGAGCCCUACCCAUAGUUUCUAG